CCAUCUCACCUCUGCUGGGAUUUUGCUUCAUCAUCAUCGCUCUGUGGGAAAUUAGUCUUAGACACACAGAUAUCCAGUAGGAGAGUUCUCAAUCAAAACCAGGGCUGUCUUUCUCUGAAGUCCUGAUGAUGACUAUGUGUGUCAGAGCGGCAGCUCUGUCUCUGGUGCUGCUGCAGCUGGCGCUCGCUGUCAUGGCUCAGGGUAUUGUCUACGACCUGUUGGUUUCCCCGGACUGCCUGCCAGACUUGCUUCAAGGAAGCCUGAAGAACAAAGGGCGAGAUGAAGCAUUCCUCCUCUUGUCCUUCAGGCUCCAGACUAAGGCCCCCACCUCUCUGUUCAGUGUUAUCAACCCCAAAGACAACACCAAGUACAUGGAGCUUGGUGUGCAAGCCAAACUGAGUAAAGUGACUCUUCGUUACCAGAAGACUGAUGGUAGGUUUGGCACCACCAGUUUCAACCAUGGAUCCCUGGCAGAUGGACGAGAGCACCAUGUCAUGCUUCAUGCUAGUGGUCUACAGCAUGGCCCUCCACGCCUCAACAUCUAUGUAGACUGCAGAUUGGCUCACACUGUGAGUGAUCUGCCGGCUGCGUUUGGAUCACUCCCACCUGGUCCCAACAAAGUGGCUCUAAGGACCCUGCAGUCAAGCGGACAGGAUGAACUGACAGACUUGAAGCUGGUUAUAGAGGACACCAUUGAUAAUGUAGCCACUCUGCAGGACUGCAGUGUUGAACCAACUGAAUCUCUGCAUGUGCUGGGUAUCCAGGGAGGUAGAGUGGUGCAAGAUCAGACCACUAUGCUGGAGCUGAAGACCAUGUUGACUGAGAUGAGAGGGCUGCUCCACCAGCAGAUUAAAGAGACAAAUUUUCUAAGGAAUACCAUUGCAGAGUGCCUGGCCUGUGGCCUUGGGGGCAGUCCUACCAACCCAGGUCCUGUUCCAGGUCCUGGGCCGUUUGUCCCACAACCUCAGCAUCUGAUUCAGUGCCCAUCUGGGACCUGUUUCAGACAGGACAUGUGUAUCCGCUCGGAUUUAGGUGGUUUCAAAUGUGCCCCGUGUCCUGACGGAUAUACAGGGGAUGGAGUUCACUGUGAUGACGUAGAUGAGUGCCAGUUUAACCCAUGUUUCCCUGGAGUCCAUUGCGUGAACACGGCUCCUGGUUUUCGUUGUGAGAAAUGCCCUCUGGGAUACACUGGACCAGAGAUAAAUGGGGUUGGAGUAUCAUAUGCCAAGUCACACAAACAGGUGUGUGAAGAUUUCGAUGAAUGCCUGGGCCCACCAGAUAAUGCAGGUUGCACUGCCAACUCACACUGCUACAACACUAUAGGUUCCUACCGCUGUGGUGAGUGUAAAGCUGGCUUCACAGGUGACCAGAUAAGAGGCUGCCAUGGCACCAGGCUUUGUCCCAAUGGUCAGCCCAACCCUUGUGAUAUCAAUGGCGAAUGCAUCAUUGAAAGAGAUGGCAGCAUAAGCUGUGUGUGCGGUGUUGGGUGGGCUGGGAAUGGCUUUGUGUGCGGGCAGGAUACAGAUAUUGAUGCAUAUCCUGACAAUAAACUGCAGUGCAGAGACAACACCUGUAAGAAGGACAACUGUGUGUUUGUGCCAAACUCUGGUCAAGAAGACGCAGACAGGGAUGGAGUUGGUGAUGCUUGUGAUGAUGAUGCAGACAGUGAUGGCAUUAUCAACAUAGAUGAUAACUGCUGGUUGGUUCCCAAUGUUGACCAGAGGAACAGCGAUAAGGAUCUCCAUGGCGACGCCUGUGACAACUGCAAGACAACUGAAAAUCCAUCACAGAGAGAUACAGACCAAGAUGGUCUGGGCGAUGAAUGUGACGAUGACAUGGAUGGGGAUGGCGUGAAAAACAUUCUGGACAACUGCCAGCGAGUCCCCAACCCAGACCAGACAGACAGAGACAAAGACGGGGUUGGGGACGCUUGUGACAGCUGUCCCAAUAUGUCCAACCCAAACCAGUCUGACUCAGAUGACGACCUUGUAGGAGACACCUGUGAUGACAACAUUGACAGUGAUGGUGAUGGCCACCAAAACACAAAAGACAACUGUCCCACUGUUAUCAACUCCUCUCAGCUGGACACAGACAAGGAUGGAAUGGGAGAUGAAUGUGAUGAUGAUGAUGAUAAUGAUGGCAUACUGGAUGAUGAUGACAACUGCAGACUGGUUCCCAACUCAGACCAAAAGGACUCGGAUAUGGACAAAGUUGGAGAUGCAUGUGAAGGAGAUUUUGACCAAGAUAAUGUGAUCGACAUGAUUGACCACUGCCCAGAGAAUGCUGAGGUCACGCUGACUGACUUCAGAGCCUAUCAGACCGUAGUGCUGGACCCAGAGGGAGACUCACAGAUCGACCCCAACUGGGUGGUGCUCAAUCAGGGCAUGGAGAUAGUCCAGACCAUGAACUCUGACCCUGGCCUUGCUGUAGGCUAUAAAGCAUUCAGUGGUGUUGACUUUGAGGGAACAUUCCAUGUAAACACAGUGACAGAUGAUGACUAUGCUGGCUUCAUUUUUGGCUACCAGGACUCCUCCUCAUUCUAUGUAGUGAUGUGGAAACAGACAGAACAAACCUACUGGCAGGCUGCACCCUUCAGAGCUGUUGCUGAGCCGGGAAUCCAACUCAAGGUGGUGAAAUCAAAGACAGGUCCCGGUGAGUAUAUGAGGAACUCACUGUGGCACACAGGAAACACAACAGAUCAGGUGCGUCUCCUGUGGAAAGACCCUAGAAAUGUUGGCUGGAAGGACAAAGUUUCCUACCGCUGGUUCCUCCAGCACAGACCACAGGCUGGAUACAUCAGGGCUCGCUUUUAUGAAGGUUCAAAACUAGUGGCGGACACGGGGGUGAUAAUAGACACCAGUAUGCGAGGUGGACGACUGGGUGUGUUCUGCUUCUCCCAGGAAAAUAUAAUUUGGUCCAAUUUGAAAUACCGCUGCAAUGAUACUAUUCCUGAUGAUUACCAGGAUCUGCCAGGGGCGCAGAGUUUAGCUGCAGAAGGGCAGUGAUCUCAAAAAUCAAGCAUCACUGAGGGAAAUGGCAAAAGUUGGAAAAAGACAGAUGAGAGUGAGAAGAAACACGAAGGGAGCUGUUUUGGUGAAUUAGAAAAGCAACACAUUGGGCAUUAUGUCCUUGAUUUUAGUGUAAAGCUAUGUGCUUUAAAACAUUGUAGUUUUUGCAUAUAUCUAUGCAGGAUUACCUUAAAAUUUACAGUACAGUUAAGGAUACAACUAAAUUUGUUUGUCUACCUACUUAUUAAGUACAAUAAAAUCAUCAGCAUUUUUCAAAAUUAAAACAUUUACUCUCC